AUGGUUUUAAAAAACAACCCAGAAAAAUCUCUAAUAGAAUUGAAAACUAGAUUUACUCAAGAAUUGCAAACAAAAGAGCAAAGGAUUAUGGAGCUAGAGCAAAGUAAUAAAAUAGCCAAUGACGAAAAUCGAUCGCUACUUAACAAAUUGGAUGACUUGAAGAAUUUCUUCAAAUGUUUACAAGAAACCGUUAAUAAUUUAGAAAGAAAGAUUCGAACGCAAGAUGAAGACUCAAAAGCAAUGCAAGAAACCAUUAAUGAUUUCGAAGAAAAGUUCCGAAAUAAGAAAAUCCAAAAAAUUAAUGAGGAAGAUAUAGAAUAUCCUUGUUUUGGAGAAGUAUCGAUUGGAAAAACAUUGUCGACAAGUAAAAUAUUUAAAAGCAAUAUAUUUCUUUCUUCUGAAAUCACUUUACAACAACAAGUAGAAAUCAAAUACCCUAACAAAUCAGUAAAAGCAAUCGAGGAAGUUUGUGGAAUAAAAACUACAAAAGGUUCUCUUGAUUUGUCGGCUUACCCUAAUUUGGUGAAGUUUACCGUUUUCAAUAAUAUUACAAAUAUUAACAUCAGUAAAAAUACCAAACUUGAAACACUAGAAUUACCACAUAGUGAAAUAAGUAAUAUUGAUUUAAGCAAUAAUCCAUAUUUACAAAGGCUUCAAUUGGGAAACGAGAAAUUAACUUUUUUGGAUUUAAGUAAAAAUCCUAAAUUGAAGGAAAGUUUUUAUGGAACUGACAAAUUGAUUUUAAGUAAUUUAUCUAAAGAUAGUAUCAUUUUUAGUGAAGCAAAAAGAUAUUUUUAUAUUUUUUAA